UGAUGCUGCACUUUUCUGGGCUAUUUAAAGGCCGCCGGGGCAUCUCUGUUGGCUCAUUUUAAGGGGCUCCUUUUUGCUGAGUCACAGAGCGGAGAGGAACAGGAUCCUUGGUGGCUGGACCCAAGCAAGGCGGCAUCAUGGCGUGUGGAUUGGUUGCAACGCACCUGAAAAUUUUUCCUGGAGACAGUGUGAUAGUUAAGGGGAAGAUUUUGUCUGGUUGCCAAGGUUUUGAGGUGAAUCUGGGCAAAGACUGUGACAAUCUGGUGCUUCACUUCAAUCCACGCUUCGACUGCAAGGGGGACGUGAACACCAUUGUGCUCAACUCUAGGAAGGAAGGGACCUGGGAAGAGGAGAAGAGGGAAUCUCACUUCCCCUUUGAGCAGGACAGCAACACAAUGGUCACCUUUACAUUUGAUGCUAACGAAAUAAAAGUGAAACUGGCAGAUGAACAUGAGCUCUGCUUCCCUAAUCGCUUGGGCCUUGAUAACAUUGAGUAUAUUGCAGUGGAUGGAGAUUUCAAAAUCAAAGUCCUCAAAUUUGCCUGACUCAGUUAUCUGUUCCUGCAACCUAGCAGUGUAACCUGAGUAAAAUCCAAAAUGGUGCUUAGCACAUUGUCGUAAAAUUUGAUGCUUUGCUCCUUUCAUUCGGUUGACAUGUUGCCCUCUGAAAAGGAAACUUUAAUUUAGAGUUUCCUGAAGCAAAAUGCCCCAGGGUCUCCUUGUUUUUUUGUAUCUGCUCUGAUAAGCUGUCUUGACCACUGGCUUUUUUUAAAUUGUAAAAUAAACUC